ACUCUCUUUUUUGCAAUCGCGCCGUCUUCACCGCCAUAAAAAGUUCUUUCUCUUGUCCGCUUUCUUUUGACCUGAUCUUUUUUGUAUUGUCAUCCUAUCGCCGAUAACGUGCAGCAUCUCGGCAUUUCUCAAAUCCGCCCCUCAACGUUACCACAUCAGACGAGACGUGCACUUCGGUUUUAGUCUGUGUGUCCGAGUGCCUGCCUCACGGCACCAAGGUUUGGUCCCUGGGAGUUGCGGUUGUGGUUGAAACCCAAUCCAAAAAAUCUCAGCUCUCGAUACUUUUCUCGACCCAAAGCUUGAAGAUUGAAUUUGACGGCGACGAAACACCUGCUUGCUGUGUCGCCAGGCUGUUCAACUUGAAUCAAGAUCCAACUCAAAAAAAAAAAGAACAUACCAGACGAAAACAGGAUUCCAGCCACGUGACUGGCCGCGUCACGCUGCAAUCACGUGUCUCCCCCCUUGGAGCCUUCCUAGGUAUCAACACACCAUCAAACAAAAAUGGUCGCCCAGAUGACGAUCGAGGUCUCGUACCCUCUCCCACCAGACCUCCCACCGUCCGCCGUUCUCGCCGCGCUGCACACGUCGUACGAGCCGCUGAUGAAGCCGCACCCGUUCCAAAAGGGCUUCAAGCGGCGCCCGCUCUCGGUCGACGAGGUGGUCGACGACCCUUUUUUCCGCGCCGACGGCCGCAAGCUCGAGUCGUACGAGGUGUCGGACCGCAUCCCCAUCCUGCCGGGUGUGCACAAGGACAUCACCGUCCCGGCCGUCUUCCAGAGCUUCGACGGCGGCGUCAGGUGCCGCGCCGACGCCCCCGGUGGCGUGCGCAUCUGGAGCGUCUACGAGCCGAGGAAGGCUGCUGCUGCCGGUGGCGAGUCGGGCGGUGCCGGGUUUGAGCUGCACGAGACUGCCGUCAUUGAGUGCAGUGCCAUCUUCAAGCGGUUCGUCGCAAAGAACUUUGAGACCUCGCAUCGCGAGAACCUCAAGGGCAUCGUGGGACUCCUCGCAGACAUGCACAGGCAGGGGGAGAAGCGGGGUGUUCUCACUGGCAUGUGAAAACUUUUUUUUCGCUUCUUUUUAUUGUUUUACAGUGUUCGUUUUCUCUUUUGGCUUGCCAGAGAGUGUCCGCGCCGGCGUGUUGGGUUUGAACUUGAGCAUUGUUAAUCCUGAUAUAGGCGUCGCAAGGAGUUUUGGAGUUUUCGGGGUUCUGUACGCAGAACAAAUGCUUCAUUUACCACUCUGUUACAUUGCCCUGUGGGCAUUCAUAAGCAUAAUGUAGCAUUUGUGUCUUUAGCCUACCUAGGCAACUUUGUUGGUUUCUUGGAAUCAUGUUAUUCAUGUUGUCUCGCACCAUUAAGGCCCCCUUCAGCCUUGCUCAGACUCGAGACAUCGCAUCCUAAUUUUCUCCUUCAAGCGACAUGGUAAACCAGCUUGGAGCCGCUAACCUUCCAAUCCCUCAAAUCCUGGAUCCCCUCAAACACAUGCUCCAAACCCUUGCCUCCUCGAUCAACCUGCUGCCUGACGGGCUUGAGCUUGCCCUGGGCGAGCAGGUCCUCGGUCAGCUUCCAAAAGACCUUGGCAAACUCGUAAUCCUCCUUGGAGGCCGGCCAGUUCUUGCCCAACUUACUCAUGUCCUCCCCAAAGGCCGUGUAGCCCAAGGUGAAGGCGGGCCCAUCCAAGACCGGGUUGACACUCUUGACCUCGUCGUCCUCGACGGGGAGCAGGUUGCGGUACACUGCGCCGGGCUCGUCCUGAUCCAGCGCCCUCGCGCAGGCCUGCGGGCUCCCGUCGCGCGCGAUGCAGUCCCA